AUGAAGCCACAGUGGAGUGAACUGCUCCUUGGAGCUUCCUUGGGCGGAAUUCAUGCUGUCAGUAACUUCAUGACAGAGGCGAUAAACUCAGAACGCAUAUCUGGUUAUGGACCAGUCGACAAGCCCUCAUGGGAACCGACAUUCACCGAUGAAUCGCGUCCCUAUCAAGGGAUCCGAAUUUCUCGCGAAGGGUGGAAGUUGGAAUGCAGCAGUUCUGAUAAAAACUAUCCGUGUCAAAAUGCGAUUGAUGGAAGUAACAAAACUUCCUGGCGUAGUGAUCUGAGCUCCGACGGACACAGUAUCAUAAUAGACUUGAAAAAGGACUACUCUGUCAGUGCACUUGUCAUCCUUCCUCCUAUUGGUACUGGAGAUGACGGCCUCAUUACUCAACAUGAGAUAUACGUCAGUAACGACAAGGAAAAUUGGGAAGAGCCCGUUGCAUAUGGAAUGUGGCCAGACACAAACAGACAGCGACUAUCCGCAUUCGAGCCUACAUCCGCUCGAUAUGUGAAGCUCAAUGUAAGCGCCGAGGCAGAUGUCUCAUCCUGGAUAGGUAUUUCCGAGCUCAAUAUCUAUGCGACACAAUACCUCCUUCCUCGAGAUCCCAAACUAGGUCUCUGGGGUCCGACUCUUGAUUUUCCAGUCGUUCCAGUUGCCGGGGCUCAAGAGGCCUCAGGAAACAUUGUUUUAUGGUCAUCAUGGGCUUCGGAUACGUUUCAUUCCACACCUGGUGGUCAGACAGCAAUGGCUCGUUGGAGCCCGUCAACAAAAGUAGUCUCAAAACGGAUCGUUACCAAUACUACGCAUGAUAUGUUCUGCCCCGGCAUUUCUAUUGAUGGCACCGGCAUGAUGGUUGUCACUGGCGGCAAUGAUGCCUCUGAGACUAGUCUAUACGAUUCUUCCUCCGACCAAUGGAUCAAGGCACCUCCGAUGAGAUUACGUCGCGGAUAUCAAGCAUCCACAACUCUCUCUGAUGGACGUGUAUUUGUUAUUGGUGGCUCAUGGGCUGGAGGCUCAAAUAUUCCAAAAAACGGAGAAGUCUGGGAUCCCAUCGUCGGAAAUUGGUCUAUGCUUCCUAACGCCACUGUCAAAGAGAUGUUGACUGAUGAUAUGGAAGGUCCAUGGAGAGCUGACAACCAUGGCUGGCUCUUUGGAUGGCAGAACGGAAGUGUUUUCCAAGCCGGUCCUAGCCGAGCCAUGAAUUGGUACUUUACGGACGGAAAUGGAAGUGUUGAAGAAGCUGGAAAUCGUUUAGACGAUGAAGAUUCAAUGUCUGGUAAUGCAGUAAUGUUUGAUGCAGUAGCAGGAGAGAUUCUUACCAUCGGGGGUUCUCCUGACUAUGACAAAUCCUGGGCCACCAGUAAUGCUCAUGUCAUCACUCUGAAUGGACCAGGAGCAUAUCCAGAUAUUAAGCUGGCUGGGACUAACGGUAUGAUGCAUUCAGAGCGAGUUUUCCACACAUCCGUCGUUCUGCCCGAUGGAACAGUUUUCAUUGCUGGUGGUCAAACAUUUGGCGUUGCUUUCAAUGAAGAAAACGUACAGUUUGUGCCUGAGCUAUAUGACCCGGUGGCCAACACUUUUACCGAACUAUCGGGAAAUAAUGUCGUUCGUGUUUACCACACACUAUCAAUCCUGUUACCUGAUGGAAGGGUUUUGAACGCGGGUGGUGGCCUGUGCGGUAACUGUUCUGCCAAUCACUAUGAUGGCCAGAUAUUUACACCGCCUUAUCUCCUGACAGACGAUGGGAAACUGCGCUCCCGACCAGAGGUCAUCUCACGAGUGCCAGGUCAAAUGAAUAUAGGCGAUGAGCUGGAUUUGACCACGAGUGUUGCGAUUCGUUCCGCCUCCUUAAUUCGCAUCGGUAGUGCAACUCACACAGUCAACACUGACCAGCGCCGCGUACCGUUACUUUUGAGAAAAGAUCAUCUACGCAGGAAUCGAUAUUUGACCUCUCCUCCAGCCGAUCCUGGUAUCCUCAUUCCCGGAUACUGGAUGUUGUUCGUCAUAGAUGAGCAUGGAACACCUAGUAUUGCGCAGACUAUCUUUAUUACCACGGAGAAAACAACUGGUUCAAGAAAAGAAACGCAGAGCCAAUGGGGAUUUCUUGAAUCCUACUGGCGAGGUUGGAAACCAGCACUGAUCGCCCAAUUUUCUCGCCCAAGUCGAGAAUUGGUCUAA